GUAGAACACGGUCACGGUGCCUGUACCUCCAGCUGGAGUCAGAACGACACUCGGACUGAAAGAGCGUGGAAGCUUGUGGAAGCCCAGGGUCAAACUUUCGUAAAAACCCACGGCCAACUCCUUUUCCUUCCUCUCCUUCUCUAUCUUGUCUCUAUCUCUAUCUCUUUGGUAUCUAUAAAAAAAAUGUCGGAAAUAACGACUACGGUCUCAGAAACGGUCGAGCCUCCACAAAUUGGAACAACUGGUGUCGAAGAGGCCGUAACGUCAACGUCGUCUACAUCGACGAACGGAGUCAAGGGCGAGGGCGAGGGCGAGGGCGACGUUGAAAUGGGCGAUGACGAGGAGAAGAAUAAGCGGAAGAGAGUCGUUAGCCAGGUCGAAUUCUAUUUCGCCGAUUCCAACCUUCCCUACGACAAGUUUAUGUGGUCGUUACAUUCGAAAGAUCCAGAACACUGGGUACCUAUCGAUACUAUUGCGGGUUUCAAGCGCAUGCGUCCAUACUCAACGUACGGCGUAGACUGGGUCGUUGAGGCGUUACGAAGCAGCGAGUACCUCGAGGUCGAUGAGGGUGGGGGAAAAAUACGGAGAAAGAACGAGGUGAAGGAGCCGAAGGGUCAGUUUGCGAGGAGUGUGUACGCAAAAGGUUUCCCAGACGAAGAUGAAACUUUGCAAGGACGGUUGGAAGAUUUCUUCCAGAGCUAUGCAAGCACGAAUGAAGUACGAAUGAGGAGAGAUGAGGAUAAAAAAUUCAAACAUUCGGUCUUUGUCGAAUUCACCGAACCAAAUGGCGUCGAAACAUUCUUGAAUGCAGAUCCCAAACCUGCUUUUGACGGGAAAGAGUUGCUCAUUAUGUCCAAGGAAGCCUAUUGCGAAAUGAAAAUCAAAGAAAAAGGUCUCACAGGAAAAGCCGCCGACAGAAGACGUGACAACUUCACCACUCGUAAAGGUUUCAACGCCUUCACCAUCCCUCAAAAAGAUGGAGGACUCCUCCCCGACGAUGCCGCAGCCAUGACUAAAGAUGGUAAAAAACUAGACGUGUAUAUGGAAUAUUUCGGGAAAAAGCUCUUGAUAACGAAAGAUAACCACGGGAAUGGGACUGUUAAGGAGGAAGAGAUACCGUUUGUGAAGGGUUCGACGUUGAAGUUUGAAGGUGUUGAAGAGAACUUUUCGUGGAAUGAUAUCAAGACCCCCAUACGCGAACUAUUCAACAACAAAACACCCUAUAUCGAAUACAACCGCGGAGACAACCACGGUCUAGUCGGCUUCCAUGCUGUCCUAUCGGAAGAAGACGUUGAAAAAGUAAAGGGAGCUGUGAAAACGAUCAACGGGAAAACGAUUACUUGGUCGUCUAUAUCGGAGGAAGAUGAGAAGUCGUUCAUGAUCAAACGAGCACAGUCGGGUGCUAGGUUUGCGUUGAGACAAGCUGAGGAGUCGUCUGGGGAUUCGAAAGGGAAAGGAAGGGGUGGGAAUCAGGGGGGACGGGGUGGACGGGGUGGUUCGAGAGGUGGGAGAGGUGGAAGGGGUGGGAGGGGCGGUGGGAGGGGUGGAAGAGGAGGAGGAGGAGGGCGGAAGGGCGGUGCCGAUGCGAGUGGUCGGAAGACUGGUGACGGCUCAGAGGUAACGGCAGAAGAUAAUUCUGCGGUUGGUGAAAAGAGGAAACGUGCUGUUGAACCAGAUGGUGGUCCAGAUGUGGGGGUUAGAGGGCAGGAUGCACCUCCUACCUUGCAACCGGUAAAGAAGGCCAAGGUAGAUGGGGAGGAUUCGUAGUUUUUGGGUGUCGAUUCUUUUCUUGUUGUCAAUGUAUGAUGGUUGUUGAAAUGUACCAAUAGUCAAUGCCAGUGUUUUGUAAACCUU